AUCUGCUAUUGCUAGAACACAUGCAACAGUCAACAAUAUUUAUAAUAAUAAUGCGACUGAACUAUAUAAAGUCUUCUAUGAAUACAAUAAUAACGUAAAAGCUUAUGAAUAUUUGCCUCUACUGGUGAAACAAGUCUUUUCUUUCACUGAUGAUGAGCAAGAAGCUGUUAUUGAGUCUCAUAUAAAUUCUGUUGAAAAAGCUUUUUAUAAAUUUCUUGUUGAUAACGAGUAUAUCAUUUCUUCUAAAAUUAUUGAGUUCUUUACCACUAAGCAAAAUUCUCAAAUUAGUUCUAACUUUGCAAAUGCUGAU